AGAUAUAACAGCAUGUUAAGAGAAAAGAACAACACUUGCUGCCUUGUAUUGGCAGACACAGAGGGCUGAAUGGAAAGAUGCUGAAAAUUCAGUGUGUGGUCCUGGUCCUAGUCUUUUACUUUCAAGGUUCCUUUUCCCAGCUCAGUGGUACAGUAGUAUGUGGUCGUGCACCAUUCAACACACGUGUUGCGGGUGCUGAGAAUGCUUUAGAAGGGGAGUGGCCAUGGCAAGUUAGUCUACAGAGGACUGGUAAACAAGGUGGCCACUUCUGUGGAGGAUCCCUGAUCAACAAAGACUGGGUCCUGACCGCAGCUCAAUGUUUAUCCAGUAAAGAAAAUUCUAAGGUGACCGUGCAUUUGGGGAUACAGCAUUUCAGUGGCUUCAAUCCCAAUCAGAUUUCCCGACGCGUUAAAAAUGUGGUCCUUCACCCUAACUACAACAGCACAACCAAAAACAAUGACAUUGCACUUGUGCGUCUGGAUGCUUCUGUCAACUUUACGGACUACAUCAGUCCAGUGUGCCUGGCUGGACAAGGCAGCACUUUUCCUGAUGGCAUCAUAGGCUGGAUCACAGGCUGGGGAAACAUUAACACUACAGCGCCUUUGCCUGGAGUGCUGCAGGAGGCAAUGGUGCCCAUUGAUAAUGCAUACAUUUGUGAUUUACUACUGAGUCCUGGAUUAAUUACUGCAAACAUGAUCUGUGCUGGUUAUCUACAAGGAGGCCCAGACACCUGUCAGGCAGAUUUUGGAGGUCCGAUGGUGACUAAGCUUGGUGCAGCCUGGAUUCAGUUUGGUAUCACUAGCUGGGGUAGGGCCUGUACUCAACAUAACUCACCCCAUGUGUUUACUCUGGUGUCCCAGUUCCAGAUAUGGAUAUCCAGCAUUAUCCAGGAAGACCUUCCUGGAUUUGUAAAGUACUAACACAAUGCAAAGCCUGUUCUUAUGUUCUGUUUUUGUGGAAGGUUCUCUUGGCUGCUCCAUGAGCUGUUUAAAUUAAACAAUAACAAUUUUCAUUUUAUAUGAGAUGUUUGUUUUUAUAU